AUUGUCACGGGUCACAUGACUUGCGUUUAUAGAUAUAUAGAUUUAACAGAGACAACAAACAUUCAGGACAAGAUGGAGGUAGUCUCGCGGUGCAUUUGUACUUUGUUUCUGGUCCUGUCUCUUGUUUGUGAGUCUGUAACAGGUAAAUACUGCUACAACUCCUACUCCAGCAAUCGAUAUUACUGCGGAGAUGACUAUGAGUGCUGCAACAUUGAUGAAUGCUGUUACACUUACUACGUGUAUCAACUAUGGUGGUUUUGGUUUAUCUGGUUUAUAAUCUUCUCUCUGAUUGCUUGUUGCAUCAUUGCAAUGCGCAGGCGUAGAAAUCGUUUACAGUACAUACGGGUAGCUCAGCCAGCUUAUGGAGCAACAACAGCGCACCCCGCACCAGCCGGUGCCUACCAGUACCCGCACCAUGCACCAAGUGCCCCGGUCAGUCCGCCCCAAUAUACACAACCACAGAAACCACCGCCUUACCAAUAGUGGAAUCCAAAGCAUAUAUGGAUCACGGGCCCGUUGUUAGAGAGUCUAUUUGUCACAAUUUACGACCAUGAUUACUUUCCAUAUAUUUUGUUUUACGUUUAUGAUAUUACUAAUUUAUUGUCAGAGUUGCUUUUCAUAGUUUAAAGUUCACUCAACUGGUUUUACUGGGCGGGUUUUAGGAAUUUAGUCUGAGUGUAGCAAUUGGAGAGAGCGGACGUUUCCAACCAACUCCUUCAUUUCAUAUACAUGUAAAGCAUUUCUACAUGUAAUAUAACUGAACAGGGUCGAACUAUUCUGGAUCCUUUUUGUGACAUGUAUUUGAAGUGUAUGGAAAAGUUGGAAAUCUUCGUGUCAAUUAACACCUGAAUAAAAGCCUUGUAAACUUACUGAACGUUUUUUUGAGCCGUAAAGCCACCCGGCGACACUAUUAUUUUCCGUUGAAUUGAUUUACAUGACGGUCAGCUCCACAAUCAUCAUUUGUAGCAAAUUUCCAAAAUCAAGUACUAAUAAUGUCAGUGUCAAUACGUGUACUAUGCUACAGUUUACUUGUUCUUAACUUUCUCAAAAUUUUAAUUACUUGACGAUUUAAGGCUUAAUAUAUCAAAGGAGAAUUGUGUUGGACACACGUGUAGGAUUGUAAAGAAAUGGUUGUUUGUGCUUGCUGACAUGGUGAUUUGAAAAAAAGUAGUGUUUUUUUAACACUAGUUUGAAAAAUAAAAUGCUCUGAUAUGUCAAUGUUAUUUUUUGUUAUAUUUUGUAAUAAAACCAUUAUCUAUUUUUCGGACACUGUCAUAGUUUGUUAUGUAUGUUUAGAUGUAUUUGUUUGAAUAUUGUACUCGUUUAUGCUCGUAUAGUUACAAUGAAUAGAUCAUAUCAAACAGUG